CGGGGGCCCGCGGCCGGCAGGACCAUGCUGCUGAAGGAGUACCGGAUCUGCAUGCCGCUCACCGUGGACGAGAAAUCUGGACAUGGAAUCGGAGAGCCAGAAAGACGAAGUCGUGUCCUUGCAGAACCCAAAGCAGAUCCAGCCCUGGAAUACAAAAUCGGGCAGCUGUACAUGAUCAGCAAGCACAGCCACGAACAGAGCGACCGAGGAGAAGGGGUGGAGGUCGUCCAGAAUGAACCCUUUGAGGAUCCUCACCAUGGCAAUGGGCAGUUCACCGAGAAGCGAGUGUAUCUCAACAGCAAACUGCCUAGCUGGGCUAGAGCUGUUGUUCCCAAAAUCUUUUAUGUUACAGAAAAGGCUUGGAACUAUUAUCCGUACACGAUUACAGAAUACACAUGUUCCUUUCUGCCGAAAUUCUCCAUUCAUAUAGAAACCAAGUAUGAAGACAAUAAAGGAAGCAACGACCGCAUUUUUGACAAUGAAGCCAAAGACCUAGAGAGAGAAGUUUGCUUUAUUGAUAUCGCCUGCGAUGAGAUUCCAGAACGUUACUACAAAGAAUCUGAGGAUCCUAAGCACUUCAAGUCAGAGAAGACAGGAAGGGGACAAUUAAGGGAAGGCUGGAGAGAUAGUCAUCAACCCAUCAUGUGUUCCUAUAAGCUGGUGACUGUCAAGUUCGAGGUCUGGGGGCUUCAGACCAGAGUGGAACAAUUUGUACACAAGGUGGUCCGAGAUAUUCUGCUGAUUGGACAUAGACAGGCUUUUGCAUGGGUUGAUGAGUGGUAUGACAUGACAAUGGAUGAAGUCCGAGAAUUUGAACGAGCCACUCAGGAAGCCACCAACAGGAAAAUUGGCGUUUUUCCACCUGCAAUUUCUAUCUCCAGUAUCCCCCUUCUGCCUUCCUCAGUCCGCAGUGCCCCUUCUAGUGCUCCAUCCACGCCUCUCUCCACAGAUGCACCAGAAUUUCUGUCUGUUCCCAAAGAUCGACCCCGGAAAAAAUCAGCCCCAGAAACUCUCACGCUUCCAGACCCUGAGAAAAAAGCCACCCUGAAUUUACCUGGCAUACACUCUUCAGAUAAGCCAUGUCGGCCCAAAUUAGAGUAAUUUCAUAUGAAUAUCAUGGGGUUUUAUAUUUUCAUUUGGGUUUUUGUUUUUGUUUUUGUUUUUUUUUAAAGAAUCUUCUGAUAUAGAAAAAGACUGCUUUGUCCCUCGAACAUGUUCCUUCGAUCUGAGUGUGCAUGUGGUUAAGUAACUUCACAUAUAAUAGGAUUCCCUAAGUAUGCCACACAGCAUCAUACUAGAUGUAAACUGUAAGACUGGCAGAGGACAGAAGGAAUCUUCUGUAGCCACAGCCAGAAACCAGGGAGGAAGAAGCCUUGUUGUUGAACAUUUGAUGAGGUCGGUGUGGACUUAAAGAGUAAAUCAAUGAAAACUUCGUGCCACUGUGUUAGAAGGUGUGGUAAAAUAGCAAAGUCAAUCUCCUCUCAUCAAACCUGAAAUUCUCAAAAAUACUCUCAGGCAUCAUAUACGUAAUUGUUAAAUUUCAAACUGCUCAUCACCAGUACUUGAAGACUAGUAGUUAACUGAGAUUCCUAUUUUGGUUAUAGUCUGACUCAGGAUUUGGGGCCUAAUUAACUCUUUAAAUUUUUUGAAAAUUUUAAUUAUCAACCUAUUGAGGCUCCAAGUGCAAUUAAUGAUAACUUAUUUAUACCUUUCACAGAAUUUAAUAAAGAUUCCACUUGUUUCCGUCUUUUAAUAACUUUCCCCUCUGUGCCCUUGUGGCCUCAGAAAUCAUUCAGAAUUGCCUGGAUGAAUGUGACCAUGACUGGCUGAUCUGGAGAUGAUUUGGUUUAGGAAGCAAGAGGCCCAGGUGAGGCAAACAUCAUGUUCCUCUACCGGUACCAACAAACCUUGAAUUGUCAACUUCUAUCAUCCAUUAAGAUUCUUGGCAUUUGCAAUGAAUUGAGUAGAACUCAUUGACUAUUUGCCCAUUCAAAGAAGUUCAAGGGUAGACUAAGCUAACAGGACUUUAACCCUGUCAGAAUGUCUGGUUUGGGAACCCUGAAAGAGAGAACUGUCUCCCAUCCCCCCUCCUGGUAUUACUUUUAAUAAUAUCCAGAUUUCCCUGGAACAGAUUGCCCAGCACCAGACCUUAAAAUGACUGUUGUCUCUCUUGCCCUUACUUGAAAUCCAAAUAUUGGGAAUGUCGCAGAAGAGGAGCAAAGACUGUCGAGUGAGAGGAAAGAAUGAGCAAAAUUGCUGACUCUAUUUGUAGAGUAAAAAGGAGGAGCAGGAAAAGAUGUCCCUCUGUCUAGCUUGCUUUUCUGCAAGUAGUGGUAAUGCAAGAUUAGAAUCCAGGUUGACGGGAAGCAAGAUCGUUCAACCCAAGUGGCAGAAAGCGAACUCUCCUUUGAUCUAAAGAGAAAAAUCUGCCACCAUCGCGCCUCACUGCCUUUAAAUGCAGAAGGAAGGGCAAGCAGAAUCUAGCAUUUACUUUUGUCCUCCAAGAGAGGAAGACAACAAGGCAGUUGGGCACCUCCGAGGCCCCAGCUAGCCUUCCUGACCAUAACCUCCAACCUCAGGAAAGGGACCUUCCCAAAACACAGAUUCCAAAGGAAACAACAUAAACCAAGGAGCAUGUCCUCCUUCCCACACAGCCUCUCAGCCAGUGGACCCUGCCUGCUCAGCACGCUACAUAGUGUCUUUCAAAUUGAUAAACUUUCCCAUGGUGCAGGCGCUGGUCCCACGAAUCCAGCACCGAGUAUUCUAAGUCCUACGUCAGACUGUCAAGAUCAUUUCUUUAUCUACAAGUUGCCAUUUCGCUUAAUAAAUAAACCCAGAACUCAAAGGAAACCGGUUGCAAAUAGUUUAGAUCAACAGUGCAUCUCUUCCCUAAGAACGACAGCAUCGUAGUAAGAGAUCUUUGCAUGGUAUAGUAGCAUGAUUUCUGCUUGUGGGAAAUCUUAAUCUUCUCGAACCCCAUGGACUUCUCAAUCGUCCCCUCUCCACACAGUAGUACUUAAUGAGAAUGUUUGGCUUUAGAACACAAAAUUCUACUUUCAGAAGACACUGACAUAGUACAUGUAUUUGCUUACCAUUUGCCGGCUGAAAUCAGGAUGGGGUGGGAUCAUGAUUUUUGCAUAGAACAGAUUUAUUUUGUGCAGGUUGUAAACACGUCUGGCACCUAGUUCUCCCAUUAACGCCAUUGCCAUUUUUCCUUUUUGUAAAGUAGCUUUUGCUAUCAAGGUCAACGAUGCUGUAUGCUUCAGAAAGCUAAUUUCUGAUUUCCUUCUGUGGCUUUUUUUUUUUUCUCUUGUAGCCAGUUCAAUACCACAGACAUCAUUUUCAAAGCUGCCGAUGAUAGCGUGAUUCUUAGCCAACAAAUGUGUGUGCUCUUAAAGUAUGUUCAGUUUUCCCUGUCUACAUGUGGUUGUGUGCAUUUAAACAGGGUGGGGGGGGUGCAAAUAUUCCUUUAACUGCUUUGAAUAUUUAAUCCAGUCAUCACAAGGCAUAAAUGACUUCAAUAUUUUAUCUGUCUUAAUUUUCAAGUGUCAUUUCAUAUUCUCCAUACAUGAGUUUGUUUUUUGCGGGAUACAAGCUUGCGAUGAAUGUGUAUAUAGAACAUUAAUAAUUCCUAUAAGGAUGGAAAUUCAAAGGUUGCAUGAUGGAAACUUAGAAGAAAAAAAAAGCUGAAACUUGAAUUUAUUAAGCAUGUUUGGGGAAAAAUAGAAUCUUAACUCAGUGCCUCUGUCUGCAAUGUGGAAACCUUCAACCUUGGUCACCAAAUUGUAUUAUACCUGUAUAUAUAUAAAUAUAGCAUAGUGAAUCAGGCACCACCAGUUUUAAGUCUCUGGUAGCCAAAUUAAAAUAAAUAAUCCAUAGAAUAACACAUAUGUUCACCCCAUCUUCAUCUCUGAUGUUAGUGGAGACCAUCAAAAUGACCAUAAAUGUCAUUACCUUGGGUGGAUUUCAAAUUACAAAAUGCUCCUGUGCUUUUCGUUGACUGUAAUACAGCAUCGUUGCUUUGGCUGUGCUUUCCCAGGAUAAGAAGGUCUCAGUGUUUUUAGUGCAUAAACUUUAUCUGAGGUGAGCUCUGAAGACCAUUUCAUUUUCCUACUGUUGGGCUGAAAUAAAACAAAGCAAAAGAAAAGCAUAACAACAAAGGAGUCUGUGACAUUUUUCCGUUACCACCAUAGUAACCCAAACAAUAGAAGUUCAUUGGUGAACUGAUUUACAAACCCUUCUGCUUUGGGUUUGCACCUGUGUGUGGGGAAAUGGUUUUAAUUUGGGAGUAUUUAUUAACCAUGUUUUGGAUUGUGAAAAUAAAUCUCUAAAGAGCGCAGUUGUGAACAGACACUUAAAAAAACACGAGACCUCCAAAAGAAAUAUGUGGUUUUCUUUCAAGACACUGUAAUAAACAGUGACCUAAGAGAAAAGAUUCUGACACUUCUCAGGAAGUCAUUUUUCCGUGAAGAUUUCAAGGCUAAUGUAUGUAUGUGGAUUUUUCAGUUUUACUUAAUUUAGCAUCCCUUCAUGGCUCAGAAACAACAAAGCCACUGGCUGGCUUAGGUCAAUAGGAGUUUUACUUUUCACAAGGGCCAGAGUAUAAUUUAGUCACAUAUAAUGUGUACUCAGAUAAUCCAAUCGAGAACAAUUGUCUGAAUAGUUUUAGUCCCUUUCAGAACAUCUGACUCUGUAGGCUAGGUGACAGACAACCUGCCAUCUGAGCCAGAAUUCUUGAAACAAAACAAAACAAAACAAAAGGUCUGUUUAGUGACUGCAAUUGAUCAUAAAUAGGCCAUUUAAAACUAUUCAUUCUUGCUGAAACUGAAGUGUAAUCAAGAGCACAGUGUUGGCAUGCAGAGGCAACAUGUCCCAGGUUCUUCUGUGUUCUCCCUUCAAAACAAUCUGUUUGCAUUUGAAAUAGAAGUGUUCAAGCUUUUUAGGAGUUACUUCAAUAAGAGAAUGUGAAUAUGCUAAGAACUUUUCAGAUGCUGUUAUUAAUUAUUUUAUUGUUAACAAGUGCUUUAGGAUAAGCCUCUCCAUGUUUUUGCUUAAAAUUGGGAGUAUAUCUGUUGAAUUGCAAGUCUCCCUUCAGUUUUUAUGUAUCACCAAGAAGAGAUUCUUUGAGCCAUUGUUCUGCCUAGGCCACUUAAAUGUAGCUUCAAGUGUCACUUUUAGGGUUUACAUUUCAUGCUGGGAUCUUGAUUAGUUGCAUAUGUUGAGUCAAAAUACCACUGCCACUGCCGAAGGACCAAGUUUUGGAACGCACAGUGUUAUAGACUACAAGCAAAGCAAACAAGAGUUGAUCCUCACACAUGCCAUCCUUCUGUGUCAUUUUAUGGCUGUUUUGUGUUUUUUUUUCCCCAGUUAUUUAUUAUUGUUAAUAACUUACUUUUUCUUACAUUCUGUUGUAAAUAAACUACAAAGCAAUCUUCUUUCCAA